AAAACGAAUGAGAAUCGAGCAAAAUCAACGAAUAAGAACUACAAAAGAAGAGCGCACCUCCAAGUCAUGUCGCCCUGACGAGCGAGUGAAAAACGCCGUGAGCGUGUGGUAUACAGUGAUGACGUGAUAAGGGAGCCAGAUAUCUUUUCCGCUGAUUGACUACGCCGUGGAGCUGCGCACGCGAUUCGUGGGGUGGAAAACGUUUGAAGCACGGAUCCCGCCACAACUGUGCUACCACAGCUUCGAUGCGGAAGAAACGCCGUCCGUGCUUCAGCCUGGCUUCGAGCGAAGACAGCGGCGUCGCGCCGGGCUCGAUGCACCCGUGCUCCAGCACCGCCGUGGUGCCCGUGGUCGCCGAGCAGCGGCUCACGGCGGCCAAGCCUAUUCACAGCGACGAGUCCCUGGCCGAGUUGUUCGCCCUCAUCGAGAGCAACCCCUGCCUCUGGAAGAACGACUCGAGGAGCUUCAAAAACCUGCGACUCAAGCGCUGCCUCUGGAAGCGCUUUGCCGUUCACCUCCAGAAGCUUUUCCCCAUGCUGGGACCGUUCACUGCUGACAAUCUGCGGUACGUGUACAGCAUCAAGCGGCGCCAGUACUAUGACGAAUUGAAGGACAAGACUGCACGGACGAAGUCUGGAGAACUCGAAUACACGGGUCGGUGGAAGUUCUUUGACUGCUUGAGCUUUCUACGGGUCCACUCGGAGCCCUACCGGCUUGCGGUCACCAGUCCGCUGCUUCACUUUGAGAAAGACCAACUGCUCGAACUCGAGGAAGAGAACGACGAUGUGCUGUUGGACGACGGUGAAGCGAGCGUAGUAGAACCCGAUGAAUCUAGCAUCCUUCCCGACAGCAUCCUCGAAUCUUCCGAAGUCCUUGUUAACGACGAGCCGGCAGCGAACGUCUGCGCCGUGUACUCCAAUGACCUCAGCUUCGAAGCUUCGUCUCCUCGGCCCACCAAGAAGGCACGCCUCUCUGCCUCCAGCUUCGGCGUUCAGUCACUUGUCCCGGUCGAUACAUGCAGCAGCAGCAGCAACGCCGUGACUCAAGUCGAUAGCUUGCAGCCACCAACUACUGCCGUCGGCGGCUACUACGACGAGUGUGACCAGUUCGGCAAUAUCAUUGCCAACUACAUGCGUCGCCUGUCGGAUGAGGACCGGCUAGAGUUCCACUGCCACAUCAUGAGCUGCACAAAGGACUUUUUCAAGUGCUUCACGCGUUUCAACAAACGGCGCCCGUGACUACCUAUGUAUACUCCACUGUAACGAGAAAACUGGCGCGUCGCAAAAGUCACGUAAGCAUCAAGCUGCACGUUUCAAGUUUCCACGUUUACGACCAAUCCAGGUCGGCCUGUUUUUCUGGUUAUGUCAUCUGAUUUAAACAGCCUUCGCUCCUGUAUUUUCUGUUUCCUGUUCAGACUUGUGUAAGGGGUGGUGUUAAUAAAUAUAUUGGUACAAAACAA